AUGGGCAUUGAUUUUGUAUGGUUUUUACCGAUUCAUCCGAUUGGUAUAACGAAGCGUAAAGGUCCACUUGGUUCACCGUAUUCAAUCAGUGAUUUUCGUGCUAUCAAUCCGGAGUAUGGUACAAUGAAUGACUUUCAUCGUUUAGUGUCAGAAAUUCAUCGACUAGGCAUGAGAGUCAUGAUUGAUAUUGUCUUUCGACACACUAGCCACGACUGUUCAUGGGUAAAAGAACAUCCAGAAUGGUAUUGGAGAGAUGCAACGGGCAAACCUAUUGCUCAAGUACCACAAUGGACCGAUAUUGUGGAUUUAAAAUUCGAAGAAAAUGAAACAACAUUGUGGCCCGAACUGAUUGAUAUAUUAAGGUUUUGGUGUGAACACGGUGUCGAUGGAUUUCGCAUGGAUGUUGCUUCUUGCGUUCCUAUGGAAUUUUGGCGUCAAGCAAGACGUUCCGUAACCGAGAUCUAUCCUCGUUGUAUCUGGUUGGCUGAAUCAAGUUGGUUUAGUGCCUUGAGGCGUCAGCGUGAUGAAGGUAAAAUAAUUCAUACGGAUGCAGAACUCUAUGAAACAUUCGAUAUAUGCUACGACUAUGAUCUUUAUGUGGCGUGGCGUGCUGCGGUGCCAGGUGCCACUUAG